AAAGCCUUUACAGUUUACAGAGAAAUUCAAACGCUGCUUUUAUGGCGCAGCUUCGCAUCAAUUUAUGAUGGUCCUUGAAACGUUUGCAUAAUUAGUUGGCAGAUCAGUCAAAAUCCCGCUCCCCAAUUCGGAGGCCAUAUUUCAUUCCUUAAUUGUGGGUUUCGCUGCAAAUCUUGUUUCAAGGUUAUGGCGUCUUCCAAACCCACAAACACAGAUUUGAGUUUAUAUCAAGUAAGCAAUGGCUCGAAGAAACCACACAUUCUCCUUGCAGCCAGUGGAAGUGUGGCUGCGAUAAAAUUCGCUAAUCUUUGCCAUUGUUUUUCUGAGUGGGCUGAAGUCAAAGCAGUUGUGACCAAGGCAUCACUCCAUUUUGUAGACAGGGCGGCGCUACCCAAGGAUGUGAUUCUCUACACGGAUGAGGAUGAAUGGACGAGUUGGAAUAAAGUAGGCGAUACAGUGCUCCACAUUGAGCUACGAAAAUGGGCUGAUAUUAUGAUCAUUGCGCCGUUGUCGGCCAACACUCUUGGCAAGAUAGCUGGAGGUUUGUGCGAUAACUUGCUGACUUGUAUUGUUCGGGCAUGGGACUACAGCAAACCUAUAUUUGUGGCGCCGGCAAUGAACACAUUUAUGUGGAACAACCCUUUCACCGAGCGCCAUCUCAUGGUUAUCGAUGAUCUCGGGAUUUCUCUUAUCCCACCGGUGAUGAAGAGGUUAGCCUGCGGUGACUAUGGAAAUGGCGCCAUGGCCGAGCCUUCUCUGAUAUACUCAACGGUGAGACUGUUCCAUGAGAAUCGCGAAAAGGCAGGCGCAAGUGAUGCUUAGUGUUUGUUUAUCUUUUAGGUGAAAACUGGAACUUGUGUCAUCCCGACUUUGUCGACUGUCUAGAUGAUGAACUUAAAUUCAAGCUUGAUUAUGAAUGUGUUGUUUUUAACUUAUGGACGUAUUAGAGAAGUCAAAAGUUUGCUUUAUGCCACAUGUCGUGUUUAUAUAGCUGUAGUUAAGAGUUUUUCGAGUCGAUCUACUUGAAAGAUCGUCUUGAAGUUUGUUCGAGUUCAGUUAAUUGUAAUAAUAAAUCAAGCUCAAAUUUGAGCUUGAGCCGAGUUUGAAGAUGA